GGCACGAGGCUCCUCACUCCUCCCCUCUCCUACUCUGCCUUUUUUUCCCUCUUGCUGGGCUCCCAUCCAGAGAUCGACUGAGUCCAGGAGGAGAAGACACACUAUAGCAGCCUGCCUUCCAGGCAAAUGUAACAGGAUCUUAUUGAUCACCUGUUUGGCAUUCUUUUUUCCGGAAAGAGUGCAUCCGACUCAGACAAACGGAAGGACAAACAUCUGCGGCGUUAAGGUAGCGACCGGACCUCUCUUCUCCCUGGUUACAAGCAAGAAUAAUAGCCAGAUCGUUAUCCUGCUUGUGGGUGGAUGCUGCUUCCAACAGACUAUGAGGCAGAGCUUGUUUGGAAGCAAACUGUGAUGACGAUCCAGAAAUGGACCGUCACGUAGACUCGUUUUGGACCGUUUUUAUGCCCGUCGUCCCCCAAUGACACUUUUAUUUUGGGGAAAAAGUGAGACCAGUCUUUUCCAUUGCCUGCUCGGGCUUUCCUCGUUGAUAAAUGAGGAGCGCGCUUCAAAUGAUGGGAGGCCGCUUGAGGAGCCGCUUUUUGGCGCUGAUGAUGAUGUAUUUGGUCCGGAGCACAGUUGACACAGCCGCCAGCGUUUACCCAAGAAUACGUCUCUCACACAAAGAGCUCUGGCAGCUGAACAGGACCUGGCUGUUUCAGGGCCACGGAGUGCCCAUCCAACCCCAGACCAUGCUGCUGGACGAGGGCCACGAGAGGCUUUAUGUGGGGGCCAAGAAUACUCUGUUCUCCCUCGGCCUGGACCAGGUGAACACGCACCAUAAGGAGAUCCAGUGGGCGAGUACUGAACCUCAGAUAGAAGAAUGCUUGAUGAAGGGAAGGGAAAAAAUGGAAUGUGCAAAUUACAUCAAGGUCUUGCAGCCGUACAACCAGACCCACCUACUGGUGUGCGGAACUGGGGCUUUUAACCCCAUCUGUGCCUUGGUCCAAGUGGGGAACACCAAGAAGGACACGCUGUUUGCGCUCGAAGAAGAGAGCGUCACAAGUGGCCGAGGACGAUGUCCAUUUGACCCCGACAGUCCGUGUACGUCCGCCAUCUCAGGAGGAGAGAUGUUUGUUGGCCUUUACACGGACUAUUGGGAGAACGACGCCGCCUUGUGUCGCCUCGACAACCGCACCUACACACGCACCGAGAGAGACGACAGGCAGCAACUCAACGAAGCCACAUUUGUGGGCUCGGCAGUUAUCCCUGACAACGACGACAAAGACGACGACAAGGUUUACUUCUUCUUCACCGAACGCGAGUUGGAUGCCGAGGGGGUGAAAAAGGCCGUCUACACCCGCGUUGGUCGGGUCUGCGCUAACGACCAAGGAGGACAGAGGAUGCUGGUCAAUAGAUGGAGCUCCUUUCUAAAAACGCGCCUGGUCUGCUCCGUGGCUGGACCUGACGGACUCGACACGCACUUUGAUUUACUCGAGGACGUCUACGUUCUGAAGAGCAAAGACAAGAAAACCCCAGAAAUCUUUGGCCUCUUCAGCACAACAAGUGCGGUGUUUAAAGGCUACGCGGUGUGUGUCUACCACAUGGACGACAUCAGAGCGGCGUUCAACGGUCCCUUCGCCUUCCGAGAAAGACCCGAGCAUCACUGGAUGCCCUCUGAGGACAGAGUGCCUUACCCACGACCCGGAUCUUGUGCCAGCAAAGUGAGCGGCGGGGGCUUCUCCAGCUCCAAAGAGUUUCCAGAUGAAGUUCUGCGCUUCGUGCGCGCUCACCCCGUCAUGUACCGCCCCGUUGGACCGCAACACCAAAGGCCCGUCUUCCUGCAGACGGAGAGAGGCGGCAGGAAGUUGACCCAGAUUGCGGUUGACAGGGUCCAAGCCCAGGAUGGACACUACCAUGUCCUCUACAUCGGCACAGAUGACUCGGCGGUGCUGAAAGUGAUCACCAUCUACAACCAAGACACCGACACCAUGGAGGAAGUUCUCCUGGAGGAGCUGCAAGUAUUUAGGGUUCCAACUGCAAUAAAAGAGAUCAUUAUAUCUCCCAAAAGGCAACACCUGUACGUGGGCUCAGACGUGGGCGUGGCCCAGGUCAAGGUGCAUCAGUGUGACCUGUAUGGCUCAGAAUGUGCCGACUGCUGUCUGGCCAGAGACCCCUACUGUGCCUGGGACGGCCUCACCUGCUCCAGAUACUACCCGGCUGGAGUCUACACCAAGAGCAGACGAUUUAGGCGACAGGAUGUUCGCCAUGGCAACGCCGUCCAGCUGUGCAACGGGCUGCAAAUCGAUGAUGAACAAUGGCACAAAGCUGAGGAGAGAACGGUGUUUGGCGUGGAGGGUAACAGCACUUUACUCAAAUGUGUGCCUCGGUCGCUCCAGGCCAAGGUCCUCUGGUUCUUACAAAAAGGGGAAGAGAAACAAGAGAUCCAUGCUGACGAGCGGGUCAUCUCCACCUCCCAUGGACUGCUUCUGUUAAGCGUGAGAAGCUCGGACGCCGGCGUGUACGUGUGCCAGACCGUGGAACACGGAUACGUGCACACCUUAUUGCGCGUCGGCCUUCAUGUACUGAGAGAAGAGGCGCUGGAGUCGGCGAUCCAAGGAGGCAAAGCCGGAUCGUCCUGCCCGCCCCAAGGGGGCCCUGGCCUCACCCCCAGGACUCUGGUGCCACCCUCCUCCAAUUCCAAGCAGUGGUACAAAGAGUUCCUCCAGCUGAUUGGCUACAGGGAAGCCCAGAAAGUGGAGGAGUACUGCGAGAGGGUGUGGUGCCCUGACAGGAAACGCAAAAAGACCAAAAAGAAGUUUGUUGCUUCGAGUGGAGAGAAGAGAGGCAAAGGGAGGGGAGAGGAGGGGUCCCAUCGAGCCCCCAGGCACACCUGAGAACACUCCUCAAUCUAUUCUUGAAAGAAUUUAGUAGGAUUUUGUACAAAAAAAAUGUAAAUAGGGGGGUAUUUAAAAAAAUAUGCAAGUAAUACGCCCUAAAUCAUGACAUGAGGAUGUUUUAUCUCAGAGGUGCAAACUUGUUUGUCCAUUUCCAUACUAAGUUCUAGUCACACAAUUAGCUUGGUCACUGGACCAUUUGGGACAUGAAGUUAAGUUAAAGUACCAAUGAUUGUCACACACACACUAGGUGUGGCGAAAGUAUUCUCUGCAUUUGACCCAUCACCCUUGAUCACCCCCUGGGAGGUGAGGGGAGCAGUGAGCAGCAGCGAUGGCCGCACCCGGGAAUCAUUUUAGGUGAUUUAACCCCCAAUUCCAACCCUUGAUGCUGAGUGCCAAGCAGGGAGGUAAUGGCUCCCAUUUUUAUAGUCUUUGGUAUGACUCGGCCGGGGUUUGAACUCACAACCUACCCAUCUCAGGGCGGACACUCUAACCACUAGGCCACUGAGUAGGUUAAACACAAACACACACACACACACACACACACACACACACACACACACACACACACACACACACACACACACACACACACACACACACA